AUGGGUAAGCCUUUUCGCGAAGUCAUGGCCGCUCAAGGUUUGUACAUUUCUCGGCGUCGUGGCCUUUCGAGGGGGCCAGUUGUACCGCUCACGAAAGACACUGGCAUUGUGCUUGGACGCAAUGGCCACCCAAACCGCCCGUGUUCGAACUGUUUGGCAGUCAUCGACGCAUCGGGUCGGCAGUGGAGAAAUGACACAUCUUUGCCGCAUUUGCGGAGUGAUCAAGUGACAGACAGCGGCGGAGAAGAGCCAAGAUACGUGCGGGUAUUUUUCGUGGAUAUGUUCGUGGCCAUUGCCCCCUAUAGGUUUAAGAUGAUCUCUCAUGUGAUGAGCUGCACCCUGAGCGUCUUCUUCUACGUCCUAGGCAUUCUGUUUGCAGUCCGUUUGUGUCGACAAGGCCGAAGGAGCACCUCUCACGAGCAAAUAUGGGUUCUAAUUCUCAUUUUUAUUACAUCAUUCUAUUUCAACGUAUACGAGAGUGUGAUCCGCAUCCUGGAGGAGACUGACCCGAACCGGAAUGAAGAUAAGUUUGACAAAUGGGUAUAUAGACUCGAAGAGGUCUUAACUGGGAGUCGCGACUUGGCAUUCACAGUCUUCACUUUCUUCUACCUUUGGGCGAGUCUACACUCCUAUCGGAUUCUUGAUCCCACAAAGCCCCUAGCAUUCAAGACGUUUUAUUUGCCUAAGCUCCUGGUUCUCGUGCCUUAUGUGAUCUUCAGGUUAGUAUGCCUAUUUGUCUUGAGCAUGCAUUUGUCAGAAGUUCCGGUGAUGUCGGCACCUGCAUUGCUAUUCACGUUCGGGGAGUUUAACAUGUGGCGCUAUUUGAAAGCAGAGCUUUUAUACUGCAUCGCAUCCUCAGUCAUCGAGCUGAUGAUUGUAGGACUAAUCGUGUACGAAGCACUGAAGUCUUUGCGUAUUUUGCGGAAGGCGCCCUACAUGAAGCACAGAACCAAACGUGUGGGCUUCCGUUUUUUCAUAUACCUCAACUUCCUCUUUUACCCAUCGUUUAUUUUCCUUCAAGCUCUGACCAUGUUUGCCCGCGACAAGGGUGAAAACAUCCUCCUGAUUAUUCCUGGAGUUAACAUGCCUAUGGCCGAUCCCAUAUGGUACUACACCAUGGGUCCCGCGGUACUGGUGGUUGGCUAUGUUGUAGUGACUGCCCAUGUCCACUUACCCGCAACCUCUGUCGGUGCAAUCAAAGGUUGGUUCAAGAGUUCGGCACUAGCUGAAUCAGGAUCGCGAUGGUCCUUCGGUUCGACGACAUCGAGGUCGACGCACGCGAAUUACUGUGUUGACAGUACACCCACCCCGUUCAGCGGCAGCUCGACAUGGGUCCAUGACGAGAACACACCACGCUCAGUUGUCGAUAACGACAAUGAAAUGGAUCACCAGAUCGUCGAACCUUUCACCUACAGGAUGAAGGAAUCACCACAUUCGUUGGAGCUAAAAGCAAACUGCUUCACGAUGCAAACUCACGUGAUCCUUUUCAAUUUUGCGUGGUACGUGUACUACUACGGGACACCGAAAUUGAACAAUUGGAAAACGAAAGAGAAUCCGCUGCCGUUCGAAUACAAAAUUGCCGCGCAUAUCAAAUGUGAUUCGACGGACACGCAAGUACUUGUGCUGGAUUGCUUCGAUCGCAUCAUUGUAGCAUUCAAGGGAUCAACAUCGAAGCGCAACAUGAGAACAUCACUUCAAAUGAAUUAUGAAAACGUGCAUUCUGUGAUCCGAACAAAUAUCCGUGGGGAAGAUGAGACAGGGAGAUUGAAGAGAAUGUUUGGAAGAAGUUACACGAAUGGGAAAGUUCAUAGAGGUUUUGCCAUUGCGUACAGGAGCGUGGCCGGUGAAGUAAUGGAGAAAGUAAGAGCGCUUCGGGGUGAGAAGAGAAGACCAGUUUUCUUAACGGGACACAGUCUCGGAGGGGCUUUGGCGACAAUCUGUAGUAUGGACGUCUGGGUGAAGCUUGAAUUGAGUCGACGAGAAAUAUUUGUUUCGACGUUUGGAUCUCCGCGAGUGGGUAACGCCGAUUUUGCAGAUAUAUACGACAAAGUCGUACCACUUCAUUGGCGAAUCGUUGUAGAUCCGGACAUGGUUGCCAAGUUGCCUAAAGGUGGGUACAAACACGUCGGCAAGAAAGCGGUGCUGACGCCUCACGGAGACAUGAUCAUUGAUCCCAAUUAUCUAGAUAGGAGGCCCUGGAGUGGAGAGACCGCAGGAUUUGCAUAUCACCGCAAGGCAAGCUACCUACUAGCGAUGCGAGCAUGGUGUGUUCGGAAUCACGGAAUGGUGUACACGCCUGUGUUUUGGCCGUUCCCAUUAAGAAAGGAAGAUCACAAACGGUUUGAGAGUGCAUUCACAGAUGAAGGGGAGAUUGUAAAGGGCCACUCAAACAGGAUUGCAUCGAAGAUCAUUCACAUGGAUGCGAUGGUUGACGCGCUAGGACACGGAGACCAGGCGUUGGCAAACAUGGCAGUGGUAGAGAAGUGGGCCAGGCUCACGAGAAGAAUAUUAUUGAACGCGAGAUUGACGGAAAACACGUCAUUUGAAUUUCAGUAGAAGCGGUGAGAAGGUGAGUAAGGAAUCUCGACAACUGAACAUAGAUGUGAAUAGAGAAUAUCUUUGGUAUGAGUAGGGAGUAGUAGCUUGGAAGUUACGGAGCAGUAGAGGGGUGGAGAGGGAUGGAGAGGUUGUAAACUGAGAAGUAAUGAUAUCAAAUGUUUUUACAUUU